AUGCUCAAGAAGACGCUCGCAGGCAUCUUUUCCGACCACUGCCAUGGGUUGAGCGAAGAUGAAGCAGUGAAGACGAGCACAGCAGAACUGGGCGUGGGCCGCAGAGUGUCAGGAUAUGAUCCGGCAUCAGAAUCAGUAAUGCAGAAAAUAAGAUCAACCUUCGUCAUUCCCCACAGCUCGAUGACACAUUCAGGCAUUUCUGAUUUGAAUGGUUCCUUUGUGUCGGAAAAUGGAACUAUUCCCAUUGUCACUAAACAGACUCAAAGAAAGCUGUUUGUGGUGGAUGAUAAGCAUUUAUUUCAACUCUUUAAAAGGUGUCCCAUAUGCGGUAACAUGAUGAAGAGUAUCGUGAUUUCGUCUCAUUGUGCAGUACCAAUGGUAACGUACAAAUGUCAAGGUGAUUGUGACGAAAAUGUAUGGAUUGGUCAUGAGACAGAGUAG